UCCGUUACGAAGGACCUUGAGUUUAAAACACAUUCUGCUGCGGAGGAGAAGUUGAUAGUAGUCACAUCACAUGUCACGAUAAAGGUUAACAACUAUCGUCAUGACAAGUUGGGCGCUGGUCCUCUGCUGUUUGAUAGGAAUAACUGUGUUACGAGCCAACGACGACGAUUUAUACUUAGAACAAAGAGCCAUCGACAUCGAUGGAUCCGUCAUUCUUUAUCAAAACAACUUAACAUUGGGUCAGAAAUGCAUCAACAGCAUCGAGUGCCUCAGUGGAUGCUGUCUAAAGAAGAAACAUUUUGGUUCCAAAUGUGCUGCUAAAUCUUUGAGAAAGAAAAGAUGUUCCAUGGGUCAAGUAAAAGGAGGAAAAUACAGACGUUUCUGCCCAUGUGUCGCCUCGGAAGACAGCUGCGUGAAGACAAAAGCCAAACGAAGAUUCCCUAUUUGUGUUAAUUAAAUCUACAAUAUGUAAUUUAUUUUGUACUUUUUAAAUAUACUUUUUAAUUUUAUCUUCUUUUACGCCACGAAUAUUUUUUAUUUGAAAUUAAUUAUAAAUUCAGAUAUCGCUUACUUCUGUAUUUAUAAAAAGUAAUUGUAACCUGUAUGUUAACAAUAAAAAACAGGAAUAAUUAACACUGUGAAGUAUGUUAUGAUUUUAAUAUUUUACAUUAAAAAACCUAGGUAUUGUCCUCUAUUCUAAAGGAAUCCGUUCCUGAAGAGGACAUUCAUAAAGGUGGCCUUUUUAGAGAUGACUGUUGUUGAAAGUUAUUAGAGAUUCGGCUGUAUUUAAUUUACACGUUUUCUUCUUUCGGUUCGUCUUUUUACAAGUUAUUUCUGGAUCCUCCAAACUAACACUAUCACAACCAAGAACUCGCCUUCUUAAAGGCCUCUUUUCACUGUUCAGUUUUGUUCUACAUCUUUAUUCCAAUCUGUUAAAUGUCUCUAAAGAAACUUGCCUCAUUAAUCUAAUGAUUUAUGAGAAAAGGCAAUGCAACAAAAGAGGAUGCCUCCGAGGAAGACUUUUAUGGGAAACACCCUAUUUAAGUGUUAUAUACCUAAAGAAAAUUUGAAAAAUUUCAGGUAGACAGACUGUUGAGAGACACAAAUCAAGACCUGUGUUCAGUGGUUUUAACCAGCUCUGUGGAGAUUUGAGUAAAAAUAAUCUCUAUUAAAUAUUGGCUAAGACGGUGGUUCUUAUGCAAAUAACGUCACUUGAAGUAACAGUGAAUGUGUUCAUUACAAUAACACAUAAACAAGAACAAUGUAACAAAGUUAUUUCGUAACAAUUAAAAAAAUUCUUUAAGAAAGAUCUUUAUUUAUCCUAAUUUAAUUUGUAAUAAUAAUAAAUGUAUUAAAUCUGUGUUUAUAAUCACAAUAUGCAACUGUAUUAGAUCAUUAAAAUAUGAUUUAAAUAAA